AAGCAAUUCUCAGCGUAAUUACCCCAAGAUUGUGAUUGAAUAAUGCCCACUUUGCUGCCUGAAGACUAUAAUGUGGCAUGGAUCGCGCCAUUAGAGAUUGAGGCUCGAGCUGCCAUACACAUGCUGGACCACAAACAUUCUGGCCAUUUUCCGAUGAGUCGCGGCGAUGAAUACGUGUUCGAAGCUGGCGACAUCCAAGGACACAACGUUAUUAUCGCAACGCUUCCGGCUGGCCAACCAUAUGGGACUGGCUCAGCAGCAGCCCUUGCUAGCCAGAUAAAGAAGUUCUUCCCAAAUCUUUGGUUUGGCCUUUUAGUUGGUGUGGCUGCUGGCCUUCCGGACCUCGGACGAAAGCCACCCCGAGAUAUUCGCUUUGGUGAUGUUCUCGUCGGCCUUCCUGAUAUGGACAGCUCAGGACUCGUCGCCUACGACUUGGGUAGAGAGACUGAAACGGAUGGACUUGUGCUUUUGCGCCAGGGCCAUAUUCUAGCCCAAACCGAGCCUGUUGUGAGAUCUGCCAUUGGUAGUAUCAAACUCAGGUCGCCAAAUGAGACGGAGCUAUUUCUUCCAUAUUUUGAGGAUAUGAAGAAUGAAGAGCACUCUGACGGCACAUUCACGGAUCCUGGACAAGAGAAUGAUAGGUUAUACGAAGUUGGUGAUGACGGGAUCGAAUGUCUCAUGAAGAGAGCACAGCGGCCAGCCUCCAAGCGCACGCGAGUUUGGUAUGGAUCAAUAGGCUCAGGCGAGAAGCUGAUGAAGAACGCCACAAAACGAAACCAGUUAAGAGACAAGCACAACCUUAUCGGUCUAGAGAUGGAAGCAGCCGGGACCAUGAAUCACAUACCUGUCGGCGUUAUCCGGGGUGUGUGCGAUUAUGCAGACGACCACAAGAAUUGGGACUGGCAGCCGUAUGCUGCUGCUAUGGCUGCCGCGUAUGCUAAAGCUCUCUUGUAUAAGAUUCCUGCGCGAAGCAAGCCAACCAGCUCGGUAACUUCAAGUAUGGAUCGAGAUUCCAUCCCUAGAGGUCGUAGGUCAACGAAACGCUCCCCAGAGCCAACUGGGGACAACGAUGAAGAUACUAGCCGACGAAAGAAGCCCCGUGGCUCCGAAGGAUCGAACCGAAAUUCAUCAAGUAGAUCGAGCAAUAGCUUUCGUGGCCAAGGUAACCAGAACGUAGGGUCUGGCAGUAUUUCUAUCGGUGGAGGCCAGCAUUUUCAUCAAAGUUAACCUUAAGAUGCUCUACGAUCAAAUGAGAGACAGCAACUAGGUUUAACGAUACUCUUAAAAUAUUCUUUGGGAACCUAUGUCAAGGCGAAGGGGAAUUAUCCCAUCACUAUAAAAGCUUUUAGUUCCAUACUUACGUGAGGGCCACACCAUCAACUUUCUAGCCCAGGCAACUUUUGUAACACCACUUAAUCAAUGCACUACACGACAGCGACAAAACUCUUUUAGGGAUCUACGCAUCAACAAAGACGCUAGGCAGUUACUACUAUCUAC